UCCUGUAUUGGCAAGAGACACAUUUUUCUGGAGACAGGGUGAGAGACUGAUCAGGUCAGACACACAGCAGGUGAAGGAGAGCAAGGCACCAUGGCAACAGCUGCAGAUCAGAAUGUGGAGUUUGUGAGAACAGGCUAUGGCAAGAACAUGGUGAAGGUGCUGUGCAUCAGGCAGCAGGGAAGCCACCACUAUAUCAUUGAACUGCAAGCUAACGUGGAGAUCACACUGAAGUCACGCAAGGACUAUCUAGUUGGAGACAACUCUGACAUCAUCCCCACUGACACCAUCAAGAACACUGUCCAUGCCCUGGCCAAACUCAAAGGGGUGAAGAACAUCGAGCAGUUUUCUCUUGACCUCUGUAAUCAUUUCCUGACCUCUUUCAACCAUGUGCUGAGGGCCAAAGUUUACAUGGAGGAGGCUCCAUGGAAAAGGCUGGAGAAGAAUGGGAAAGAGCAUGUUCAUGCAUUUAUUUACAGCCCAGAAGCUUGUCGCUUCUGUGAUGUAGAGCAACACCUGAAUGGAGCCCCAGUGGUUCACAGCGGGGUGAAGGACAUGAAGGUGCUGAAAACUACCCAGUCUGGUUUUGAGGGUUUUCUAAGAGACCGCUUCACUACACUGCAAGAGACAAAGGACAGAUGUUUCUGCACCUCUGUCUAUUCCAGGUGGCGCUACAACAGGAUUCAGGGUGUUGACUUUGAUGCUGCAUGGAAGUCUGUGAAGGAGACAAUCAUUGAGAGGUUCGCUGGCCCCUAUGAUCGGGGAGUGUACUCACCUUCUGUGCAGAAGACCAUUUAUGAAACUCAGGUUCUGGUCCUGGAGAGAAUUCCUGAGGUGGACGAAAUCGAGAUCAUCAUGCCCAACCAGCAUUACUUCAUCAUAGACAUGACAAAAAUGGGUAUUGUAAACAAAAAUGAAGUGCUUCUUCCGCUUGAUAACCCAUCUGGGAACAUCACAGGAACAGUGCGUAGGAAACAACAAGCUCGACUUUGAAAGUGUUGUCACAUCCUGAGAAGAAGGCUGCUGUGAUCCAACUAUUAACCUGAACAAGUCAUCUUACUAAAUAGUUAAUCUACCCUUUAAAAUCUGAAUCACAUCUUGAGAUUAGCCAAACAUGAUGCUUUGUGUCAUGAGAAUAAGCAACAUAUGAAAUGGAAAAAACAACUGCUGCUAAUAAAGUGUGAAACUGUU